AUGGAGGCGGCCCGGCUCGGCUUCAACCAGCCAGGCCUGUCCCCGGAGUUCAAGUUCGACCCGACGGACGACGACCUGGUGGCGCACUACCUCCUCCCGCGGGCCCUGGGCCUGCCGGGCCCCCACGAGCACGCCGUCAUCGAGGCCGACCCCGGCGGGCUCCCGCCAUGGGAGGUCCUCGAGGCCCACGGCAUCGACAUGUUCUCGGGCGCCGACAACCAGGCCUUCUUCUUCGGCCCCGUCCCCGACGCGGGCCGCAUGGUGCGCAGGGUGAAGGGCGGCGGGUACUGGCAGGGGCAGGGCAGCCAGGGCGACGACGGCGUCGUCGUCUUCCUCCGCGGCGACGGCAGCGAGGUGGACGUGAGGUUCAAGAUGUAUAACCUGACCUUCUAUGAGAGCAAGGAGGCGGAGAAGAGCUCCGGGUUCGUGAUGCACGAGUUCGUGAUUGUUGAUCCGCCGCUCCCUGGGACGGUGCUCACGCGGAUCAGGUUCGAUAAGGCCAAGGAGAGACGGGCGGCGAAGCUCGCCAAGGAAUCCGUCCGUGCCGGUAAGCAGCCAGUAGCUGACGGCGGCGGCGAUGCUCUCUUCAAUGGCGGCGUCUACUAUGGGGCUCCGCUUGGUGUCGUCUUCCCUGGCUCCGGCGACUUCUCUGGCGGCGGGUGCUACUUCCCGGAUCUCGACACGCAGCUGGACCAGAGCACGAGCUACAGCCAGGCUGAGUGCGACGAGUACUACCAGUACCAGCAGCAGCAGUACCAGCAGUUUAUCCGGUUCCAGAUGGAGCAGCAGUGCUGGCAGGCCGGAGAUCCCAGACUUUGGGCGUCCAGUUUGGUUAAGACAUAG